AUGCCUCCCAGCUCGGGCAUUCCCGAGUCCAAGUUGAACAUCGAGAGGACGGCUCUGAUAGCGACUCCAUUGCGGAGGAGGCCAUGGGAGCCGAAUCUUCUGACGCAUUGGGACGCCACUACUUCCGACACUGGCGCAUUGUUGGGUCGAUGCUGGUCAACGAUCCCCGACGACCGCUUGAUUGUGGCUAAUGAGCAACAGGCAAUGGUGCUCAGUUAUGCCGUCGGUUUCUGGGCCUAUGUUAUGCCUUCGUUCUCUCUGUCGGUCAUUGAGGCGGAUCUUGGCAAGAGUGAAAACACCAUCUGGAUCAUUCUCUCCUUGACCGCGUGCCAGACUGUCUCCUUCACGGUCGUCGGUCGCCUGUCUGAUUUGUUCGGCCGCCGUUGGUAUCAGAUCAUCUUCGGUACCAUCGCUUUCAUCGGAUAUAUUGUGGCAAGUCGAGCUAAGACAAUCAACACGCUGAUCGGAGCUGGAGUACUCAUUGGAUUUGGUUCGGCGACCCAAACUCACUGUGCAGCCAUCGGUGGAGAGCUUCUACCAAACAAAUAUCGCUACCUGUACUUUGGUGCGGUCGCGUUCUUCUUCGGUCCUGCAUCCGCCAUCGCGCCCGGCAUUGCGCUCAGUUUGGCCACGCACACCUCCCAAGGCUGGCGGUCAAUCUACUACCUUCUAGCCAGCUUGACCUUCGCCGCGGUCAGCUUGUUCGUCAUCUGCUACCAUCCACCCAAAUUCGACCAGCUGCAUACCAGACAUACUAAAUGGCAGUUCAUUAAGUCUUUGGAUUAUAUCGGCUUGAUUCUGUUUUGCGGAGGGGUUGUGCCUUUUCUCUUCGGUAUUUCCUGGGGCGGCCAAAGAUAUCCUUGGCAUUCUGGUAAAGUUAUUGCAACUAUCGUGGUUGGGGCCGUAGUGCUGAUCAUAUUCGUCUUUUGGGAAUAUUUCGGAAAGCCGGCACUACCUCUCCUGCCUCUCCGCCUCUUCAGGAGCCGGAAUUUCGUCUGCCUGCUCGCAUGCUCAUGUCUCGGUUCAAUGGUGUUCUAUGCAUUGAGUAUCCUUUACCCGGAGCAGCUAUCAAUUGUUUUCGGCAAAUCACCAAGCCAGACCGGGUGGUACAGUUGCACAAUCACUGCCGGUGUGCUUGCCGGUCAGGGCAUCGCUGGGUUCACGGUGAAACUCUUCCGACACAUCAAGUGGCAGCUUUUCAUCUCCUGUGCCAUUUUCACUUCUUUUGUGGGUGCCUGCGCUGCUGCAAGCUUGACUGUUGAUAUGGCGGCGGCCUUCAGUUUCUUCGUUGGCCUAGGCAUUGGAUACAUGGAAAUCAUUACCAUUGGUGGGGCACCUCUGAUGGUCGACGCCAAAGAUUUCGGAAUUGCUAUUGGCGCUCUGUUCAGCAUCCGCACAUGCUUCUCUACAAUAUCAGACGCGAUUUAUGUUACGAUUCUCAACACCAAGGUGGCCUCAAACUUACCCAAGUAUGUCGUUCCUGCAGCCCUGAAGGCUGGCCUGAGCCAAAAGGCCGCCAUCGAGCUGGUGGAGGUAAUUGCUGCGGGUGAUCAAUCAGCGCUUGCCAAAAUCCCCGGCAUCACCCCUCGGAUCAUCCAAGCCGCAACUGUUGCGGCUCACACUGCCUUCUUCAAGUCAUUUCAAGUAGUCUAUUACACGUCUAUCGCUUUCGGCGUAUGCGCUGUUAUAGCAUCAUUGUUGGUGAAGAACAAGUCGCUGGAGGAUGCCAUGACUGACAGGGUGGAGCGAAAGAUGCAAGGCAUCAAGAUUGAGCAGGAGAUCAAGGUGGUGGCAGCCUGA